UAAGAAAAGCUUAUAUAAAUCUCCCUCCCCUCUCUCUCUCCCUCUCUCCCUCUCUCUGGAAGCAAAAGCCAUGGAAGCUUGACCUUCCACCCUCUCUCUCUCUCUCCACAGGAGCAGAGUCAGAACAGACGCUUCCCCUCGGGGUCUGGUUCUGCCUCCUCCAUGGCUCUCUCCGCCGCCGCCGCCGGAGGCCCGAACGAGGAGGAGGCGGUCGCUGAGCAGGACCCGUCUUCGCCAAGACCGGGUCUCUUUCUCAGCGGUCGUUCCUGCUCCCCCUGGCCCACCUCCUCCGCCAUUUUCUUAUUCCUCCUCUCUCUUCAGCCCACCACCAUCUUCGGCGCCGACACCCCGGAGGCGCCGGCGAGGAAGAAAGCCCACUUCGACGCGCGAGUCGCCGCCCCGCUCAUCGCCGUCUUCUCUCUCCUCGGUCUGGGCCUCGCGAUGGGCAUGCUCUGGCUCCUGCAUCUCUGGCUGCGCCGCAGAUCCAACGGAGCCGUCGUCGCCGGCGCUGAGGAUCAAGAACGCGGCGAGGUUGGGAACGACGGAACCCGGGACGGUGUCGUUGGGAAGAGCGGGGCUAACAAAAGCGACGGCGGCGGCGACGGGUGCUGCGCGGGGAAGUACAGGUGGGAGGAGCUGCAGGGGAUGACGAUGGAGUUCUCGCGGGCGAUCGGAUCCGGCGGGUUCAGCACCGUCUACCUGGCCGCGUUGGACGGCUCCUCCGAGCCUGGCCUCGCGGCGGUUAAGGUCCAGUGCGGCGGCGGCGAGCGGCUGAGCUUGGCGUUCAAGCAGGAGCUGGAGAUUCUGCUCCGCGUGCGCCACGAGAACAUCGUGAAGCUUCUCGGGUACUGCGACGACAGAGAUGAAGGAGCACUAGUGUUUGAAUACGUUCCCAAUGGAAAUCUCCAAGAGAAGCUUCAUGGCAACCAUCUACAGAGGGGCACCGUCCUCCCGUGGAGCCACCGGGUAUCGAUCGCCUUCCAGCUAGCGCAGGCGAUCGAGUACCUGCACGAGAAAUGCGCGCUCCAAAUUGUUCACGGUGAUGUUAAAUCGUCCAAUGUGUUGCUUGAUGAGGACCUCAAUUGCAAGCUCUGCGACUUCGGGUCCGCGAAGAUGGGGUUCUCAUCUUUGGUCUUGCCGCCUUCCUCCACCUCAUCCCCACGAGCAAAGCAGAUCUUGAUGGGAUCCCCCGGGUACACGGACCCUCACUACCUCAGGACGGGGAUCGCAUCGAAGAAGAACGACAUCUAUAGCUAUGGGGUCAUAGUCCUCGAGCUUGUCACGGGGAUCGAGGCCUUCUGCGAGGAGAGAGGGCUAUUGCUGACGUCGAUCGCCACGACUUUGCUUCGGGAAGAAGGCGAGCUUGACACGGCGAGAGCGGUGGAGAUGGUGGAUCCGCGGUUGAGCGGGAAAUUCGAGAUAGAGGAGGUCAAGGCCAUGGUGGAUGUCGCAAGGUUGUGUAUGCAGCAGUCGCACACGCUCCGGCCCUCAGCGACGCAUAUCUUGGAGUUUUUCAGGGAGAGGAUCCCGUCGGUGGCAGUGAAGCCGGGGCCAGAGAAGAAGCGUUUGAGAACCUGAUGGUUUAGGAAAAAAAAAAGGAAUAGGUUAGGUGCUUGAUUAGAUGUGCGUAGAUGGUUGUUUUCUGGUGUAGAGACUCUUAUCAUUUUGUCAUCUCGUUUGUACAAUCAUGUAGUUCAAUUUUUUUUUUUUUGGCUUUUGGACGUUUGUAGUUGAUUUCCAGGUAGUAGUCGUGCUUGUCUAAACUUGGAAGCCAUUCUUUGUACAUGUUAAAUGGUCCCUUGUACAUCAUGCACCCCUUUGGAUACUGAUAAAGGCUUCGAGAAGUUGCUCACGAUUUAUUGUGGCUUUCA